GGUGCACCAGGGCCUGCUCCCAGGUGUGACCAAAUCUAAUAUCUGCUGUACAGGUUGAGAAACAAUUUUCUUCAUUCAGAGUGGAUCAAAGACUUUGUGAACCAUUUGAACUGCAGUCGUUGUUUUAUCAGUAUUGAGGAACACUGGAUCACAUCAGAAGCAGCUGUUAAUUUGUUGAGUUGCUGUCUGGAGCUCAGCAGGAACAUACACGCCAUCAUGGUGGAGAAAAACACACUCCAGCUAUCUUUGGUGAAACCCACUGAAAUGAGUUCAGACAGUUGUGAUCCUUCAGUGGCAACAGAGAAAAUUGGCUUUGUGGAUUGCGAUGUCCCAAAAUACCUUCUAUCAGAGAUGAGUGACAUCAUCCAGGGCUGUUUUUCACUGACGGAACUCAUUUUUUCUCACAACCAUCUGGACGUUGAAGGAGCGGAUUUCUUUUCUUCUGUUUUGAAUUUAUUGCCCAAACUCACCACUCUCAGUCUUUCAGGUCUAAUGAUUAGUGAAGGAGCCACUCAGAAUGUAGUCAGAACAUUUCCACGUCUGCAGCACCUCAGUUUGUCCAGCUGUGAGUGGACAGAGGCUGUAGGGCUGAAGCUCAUCAAAGAGCUGGAACAGUGUGUCUGUCUGCAGGGACUUUGCCUGGCGUCUGUGCGUCUGAGUCAAGACACCAUGGAGUGUUUUAGCCGGACACUAAGAAACAUCAAAUCUUUACGCAGAUUCAGGUUAAAUCAUGUUACCUUAGCAACGGGAUCAGGUGAAGCAGUUUGUGCCCAAGAACUCCUGCCUGCUUUGGAAGAACUCACACUGUUGGAACAGUUAGAAUUGGACGGCUGGAGGAUUUCGGAUGUGGGGUUAAAACAGCUGAUCCGACUCCUGCCUGGGUGGACAAACCUCAAGAAGAUCAGUUUGUCAAAGAACCUGAUCAGUGACCACUCGGGUGCGGAGCUGCUGGAGGCUUUGAGGAGCUGCGUCCUCCUGGAGGAGCUCCAUCUGUCAGGUAACCGUCUUGGUAAUCUUACUGCUGCCAGGAUGGCGUUCGUCCUACCAUUGCUGACAUGCCUCACCGUGUUGGACAUUUCACAAAAUGAAAUUAGAAAUGAAGGUGCAGUGAGUUUGUCCAAAGCAUUAAGCUCCAUGAAGAACCUCACUGAGAUUCAUCUGACAGCUGUUGGGACAUCAGAGCUGUGUGCCGUCACCGCCAGUCUGGUCCACUCUCCCAGAAUACAGGAUGUGAGUUUGGGAUGGAACAGUUGUGGUGAUGCUGUGGCACUGGAGCUGGCAAGAAUUUUGCCUCUUUUUCAGCGGAUGAGCAGUAUAGAUCUGGAGUCCAACAGUGUGAGUGUCAUUGGAGCAGAAGCUCUGGUCCGAGCCCUGCGGUCCUGCCCCGCACUACACUUCAUCAGGCUGUGGCGGAAUAAAAUUUCUUUUGCCGAAGCCCAGAAACUCAGACUGAGGGACAGAAGGCUGAAUUUCUCAUCCACUUAAUCUGAUCCAUUCUGUGGAAUUAACUGUGGAAUUUUUAUGGAACAUCCCAAAUCAUCACUACAUGAAGAUGUGAGUUAGAGCAACGGUGGGACAGUGCUCAGCGACCUCUGCACUAAUCAACAUUAUUGAGUACCGACCUUGCUGGGGAAGCAACCUGGGAUGGAUUGGUGUCCCGUCCAGGGGGAGUGAUAGACUCUCAUCCCCAUCACUCUGUGGGAUAACCAGUGGUAUAACACUUGAGAAGGAAGUCAGUCAUGCAGGUAGAAUUUGUAGAAAAAUCAACUCAGAACUUUUUUUAUAGGAAAAUUGCAAGCUGUGUCAAGCAUUUCAUUGUUAUUACUUGAAUUUCUGUGGACAUGCUAUAAUACAAUUGUUGUCUGAAUAUGUCCUACCCUGCUUAGUCCAAACACAUAGACCACAGUCCACCUGAAAAGGUGGGACUCUGGAAAAUUACAAAUGGACCAUGGUACAAUUCACUUUUGGUGAGUACUCAAACCAAACAAGUAGACCAAAUAUUAUCCAACUAAUCAAAUCAAAUCAAUUUUAUUUAUAUAGCGCCAAAUCACAACAAACAGUUGCCCCAAGGCGCUUUAUAUUAUAAGGCAAAAGCCACACAAUAAUUACAGAAAAAUCCCAACGGU